AUGCUGGGUUCAUCUUCACAAUUUAAGCAAAUCAUUGUAAAGAAAACAAACUGUCCAUAUGAAUUAAGAUUUAUUGACAUCAGAAAUUAUAUAGCGGGUGGAACAUUAGACCAAUUCACUCAAGAUUUCGGAAACAAUAAAUCACGUGUUAAAUCCUUUUUCCCUUAUCAAUUCAUCACAUGGGAGAAUUACGAAGAUGAAUUAUAUAAAGUGGAACCAUUCACUCAAGAUUCAUUUUAUUCAGCAUUAACUCAAGAAACAAUAUCCGAUUCAGAUUAUCAAAUAUAUCUCAAUGAUGCUAAAAAUUUUGAGAAUAGAUUAGAAUAUUUUAUUCAUUAUUGCAAUAAAGACGUUGAAAUUAUGAUUGACCCAAUUGAUAAAAUUAUUGAAGAAACAUUUGUUUAUAAAAUUGACAUGCUUCAUAAUCUUUCAUUAUCAUCGAAUGCAUCAAUGAUUCGUUACGCGUUAGCAUAUAAGAACUUCAAUCCUAACGAAACAUAUCCAGAAGAAGAAAAU